AUGCUAAAAAUGGCUAUUAAUCCUACUAAUUCCACAAGUAGUAGUGACAUUCUUCCAAAAAAAUUAGAACCUAGUUCAUCUUCCUCUUCAACUUCAUCCUCAGUGACCUCACUUGAAGCGGCACCAGUAUCUGAGCCUUUCAAUAAAAACUCAACAUUGCAUGAAGUAGCUUCGAAGCAUUUUAAAAGAACACCAAAGGGUUUACUUUUUACAAAAGAUAUCAAAGACGUAUAUUCCUUACUAUUGUUGUGUUUAGAUUUAACAGCGAAGCCAUUUAAAAAGUCAAAAAAUUUAUUUUCGAAUUUGACCCAAAAUAAUAAAUAUCCAUACUCUUUCUAUUUAACAGAUGCAAUUGAAGUUAUGAAGAAUCUAAAAAUUACCGUAGACACGCAUUCUACUGCAAUGUCCAUUUUAUAUUCAAUUAAUGAGGAGUUUUCUUAUCAGUUGAUCAAAAUAUUUACAAAAGCAAAACUAUUACACAGUCCAGCCGACCGAACCAGGAGUGAACCAAAGGAGAAAGUUAUUUUACAGCCAACACCAAAAGGCGUUGCUAUAUUACAAAAAUAUGUAAGAGAUAUUGGAUUAAAGGAACUACCCUCAAUUAUUUAUUCAAAUUUGAAUUCCAUGGAACUAUUUACUUUUGAAAGAAGUUCUUUAACGGAUAGUAUUGUUUACAGUCAAAGUUUCGUACAAAUUUUAUUUGCCAAAGUUUUUGGUCCAAAACCAAACUAUUGGUCGCCCUCCAACCCAGACGACUCGUUGCCGACGUUGUUAUAUUUAUUAUCAUGUACCGACGACACUUUUACUUUUGAAGAUAUCAGACCUUCGCUAUUAUCAAUUGUAGGUGAACAAUGCGACGGAAUUAAUGGCGAUUUAAAUGGCCAAAACAAUCAGAACGUUAAGUCAAAUGUCCAUAUAUCGACAUCCAAAAUGUCUGCAAGCGUUUUAAAACAACCUUCCUCGUUAUCAUCAGAAACAGUGAGCAUGGAUGACGCUACUAGAGUUUCUCCAUUGACACAUCGGUUUUUUACCAAUCCGAAUUCUGAUUCUCAUGUACAAUAUUAUGUUUCCUCGUGUGGUCUACGGUUAUUAAGGAAUUUAAGCACUGAUAAUGAACAUGAAAGUGCAAAUUCCAAUACCAAGAAUGAUGAUGGUAAUGGUGAUGGAAACAUCACGAUAGAUUGUGCUUUCAGCACCAAAGCAUUGUGGCAAUGGUUAAUGGACUGUACUGACAUUAUUUACACCAAGGAAGCAAUAUCCAUUGCAUCUUUAUUUUUAAAAUAUGGGUUGAUUGUCCCACUUCAUUCUUUGAAUGGUACAAAAAAAAGAAAAUUUGUUAUAAGUAAAAACAUUUAUUACACAUUUAGUAAAUUGGGUUGGGAAAAAGUCAAUUGGGCAGAGCAGGCCUAUAUUGAAAACAAAAAUGGAGUUAAGGUUUCAUACGCUGAUCAAAGCGGUAUUAAUGGUUCUAAUGGGGGUUUAGCAAAAUGUAACAUUAAAAAUAAGAAUAUUGGUGAACAUGAAAACAUAGGUUUAACUGGGCCUCUUGUUGAUAGUAGCAAGAAGAGUCAAAUUGCAAAUUCGGGGAGAAAUGCAGGUAGUGAUGCUAAUAUCAAUUGUAUAAUGAAAAAUAUUUCAAAAAAUGUAAACUUUGUACAUAAAAACCUGUCAACGAUACUAAGUGAUCCUGGGUUGCGUUACUUAUUCCGAGUACAUUUGGAGAAAGAACUGUGUGUGGAAAAUUUAGAUUGUUAUAUCGAAAUAAAAAGAUUUUUGAACAGAAUGGUUCAGUUAGAAAAACUAGUGGACUCGAGGAACAAAAAUAAAGCUUUGCGAUUUCAGAAACAAAAAAUGAGUUUGGAAAAUAUUACACCUAGCAGGUUGCCCAGUAAAAAAAAAAAAAGUCAGAAGCCAAUCAAAAAUAUUUUAUCAGAAACUAUCAAUGCGGCCUUAGUAAAACAAGUCAAUGAAUGUCUUUCUAUCGCCUACCACAUAUAUUCUACUUAUAUUACUAUUGGUGCCCCACAUCAGCUUAAUUUAGAUUAUUCCCUAAGAGAAGGUGUUACGGCUGUUAUAUUGCAUCCAAAUUCACCGAUAUCAACUUCUAACGUGACUGAGCUUCAAGUACUAAAAGAUUUUACUAGUACUAAUAGUUCUCCUAUAAGGCCAAAAGACCCCACAAAAACGUCAAUUUUUGAUAUUGAAUUAAAAUCACUUGAAAAAAGGCAGGAAAAGAGAGAAUUGACUAAAGGUAACUUUUUCAAUUCUCCAAAACUUUCAGAACAAAGAAAAUAUGAUGGUACAAUCUCUCUUCAUAUUGAUGAACCACCAGUGGCUGCAUCAUCAUUUUUGAAAAAUUUGUGUUCUACGCCAACUGACAGUUUGGUUUCCAACACUCUGCAAGUUUUGCAGUCUUUAAAACCAUUAUAUGACGAAAUAUUAGAAAAAGUAUAUAAAAUGAUGGAGUUUGAUUCUUUGCCCAAAUUUAUAGAAUCAAAUUCUUUAAAAGACUCGUUACCCCGAUAA